AUGAAAUAAUACAUUAUUUCUUUGCUUAUAGUUUCCUUGGCUAUAGCUCAAACUUUUGAUGUAAACAAUAGUGAUUUAAAAAUGAUUGUUACACUCCAUAGACAUGGAGCUAGAAUCCCCAGUUCUAAUGCUUUAAAUUUAAAAGACAAAGCACCUAACUCAGGAGAAUUGUCAGUUGUUGGUCAAAGAUAGCUAUUUUAUCUUGGUUAGAUUUUGAAAAAAGAAUACAUUGAUGGUGCUAAGUUAUUGAGUGCUAAGUAUGAUGCUUCUGAAAUCUACUACAGAUCUACAGAUUUUAAUAGAACUAUUAUGUCUGCUUAAUGCCUACUUGCUGGUUUAUAUCCUGCUUAGUCUGGUGAUUAGAUUCCAGAUGAUAUCCUUACCAAUAGAUAGGAUUUAUUAAAUAUUAAUUUCAAGCUAAGAGAUUCUUCCACUGUUCCUCAAAUUACAGAAAAAUAUCCUGUUCAAAACGGUUACUAAUCUAUUCCUAUUCACGUUGUCGAAAGACCAAGAGAUAAAAUUCUUCUUGGUUAUGGUGAUACUUGCCCAUAAGAAGAAAUAUGGAAUCCUGAAAACUAAAAGAGUGAUGAAUGGAAAAGAAUCACUUAAGAAUUCUAACCAUAAAUUAAUAAAUUUGCUAAAAUUUUUAAUUUAGAUGUCUCUACUCUUGAUUUGUUUACUGUUUACAAUUAUAUGGAUAUUAUUAUUGCUUAAUAGUAUCAAAACAUGCCUCUUCCUGCUGAUUAUACAAACGAUGCCUAGCUUUAGGAGGACAUGGAAGUUUUAUAUAAUCUCAGAAUUCACUUAUCUUUAUACAAGACUCCUCUCUAAAAAAAGACUACUGUUACUCCAUUCUUGAAUAACUUAGUUUAAGUUUUAAGUGAUAAAGUUUCUAACCCUAAAAAUAAUUAAAAGGGAUAUUUCUUAUCAGCUCACGACACUACAGUCAAUAUGGUGCUUUAAGGUUUAAAUUUAACAAGCUGGGAGUGUAUUGAACAGACAUACAUGAAGACUUUACCCGCAGGUACUUUUUGCAAUUAUAAACCUACUAGAUAUGGUGCUAAUUUGAUUGUUGAAUUAAGAUAAGAUAAAACUUCUAGCAAAAACUUCAUUAUGAUAAGAUAUAAUGGAGAAUACCAAAAGAUUUGUGACCAAACUACUUAAUAUUGUGACUUAGACGAAUUUAAAAACCGUGUUGCAAACUUCGUUGUUCCUAAUUAUGAUGAAAUUUGUGGUCUAACCAGUACAACCAGUAGUAAUGAAAAGUCUGCUUACUCAUCAUCUAACUAUUUAAAGUACUCCAUUAUUGCUGUUAUUAUUUCAGCUUUCCUAUUGUGA